AUGAAUGCAAAUGAAAAUUUGAUGAAUCCAAAACCAAAUAGACUAUUAGAAGAAUUCUUUAUCGCAUGGAGAAGAAUAUACAAGGAAACAGAUCACGUAUCCUAG